UACUACUAGCACAAUAUACGAUUCUCGUUCUCGAGUCCGUUCGUUAUGCUCGGAUGUAAACUUCGGCUGUUCUCUGUUUAUGGUAUUGAAAGUUGUUGAUUGUGUUGGUGGUAUUAAACUGGAGUGUUACUCUAAAUAAAAAGGAUAACACUCGACAUUGUUUGUUUGACAUUUGAACCAAUUAUGGAAAUGGAAUUAAGAGAAUGAAAAUAUCCUCUUUAUAUAUCAUAAAUUUUAGUUGUGUGCAAUAAGAUUAUUACACUAUUCAAGUGGUUGAAGGACUGCCACCUGUUACUUCAGCUAACAGUUUAAUCAACAGUUUCCUGUGCAAUAAAGCGGGUUGCAUUAUGUACAAAUGCGAGACACUUCACAAUGUAUAGGCCUCCUGAAAACACGAACAGGGUGAAAUCAAUAAAAUCAAAGUUUGAAAAUAUAGAAAAUUCUAAUGGUACCAAAGAAAAUCUAGGCUUUAGAAAUGGAACUAGGGAUAACGUAAUUAUCUCAAAAAGUGACUCAAAGACAGAGUGUAGUGUUGUACCUUUAAAUCUCCAAAGACAGUUAAGUGAUCCAAGCAAAAGAAAUAUAAAACGUACACCCGCUUUCAGGUUGGAUAAAAAUUCUGAUAAAGUUGCGUUUCAACGUUCCAGUGUUUUAAACAAAAGCCAAGACCUCAAACACAUCAUUAAACCUGUGAGUACUACGAAAAUUAAAGAUUGUGAUAAAAUUCUUAAUACCAGUGAAGUGCUUUGUGUUAAGAAAAGUGUGCCUUCUCUCUUGAAAGACAAUAAACCAAUUUUGUUGAAAUCAAAAAGCUCAAUGGAUUUCAAUGUAUUGAGGAAUAAGUUCAAUUCAGCAAACUCUGAUAGUAGUAGCAGUGACAGUAAAGAAUCAUGCCAAAGAAAUGAUAAAUUAGUGAAAAAUGUAUCAGCUUUAUAUACAGAACCUAUUCCUAAGUCUUUAAGAAUGAAAACUUGCGAUAAGACUGUCCCAAAACCAAUAUAUUCAAACUUGGAAGAAGUUUCAUGUGAAAAAAAGCCUUCUGAUAUUAGUGAUAUACACAAAGUUAGUACUUUGAAAAUAAUUGAUAAGCAAGAAAUAAGCAAUAAAAAUAUUGUUAAUACUUCAAGAAGAAAUUCAUUGAGUAAUAAAGUCAAUGUUUUACCUACUAAAUCGGACUGUGCAGAAAAAAAUGAAAAAAGUGAUGCACUGAAUAAAAAUGACAAAGAUGAAUUGACCUCAGCUUUAAAAAAAUUGGACACAUUACUAAAGAUGACAAAAACCAAUAGCUUGAAGAAAGCACAAAUAUCGAAACCUAUUAAACAAGAGCUUGAAAUGACAGAUACCUUGAAAAAUGCUCUCAAAAAACCUUUACCAACUGGUCCAGCCCCUAAAAAACCACCUAGAACCUUUGCUCAUUGCUUACAAGAUUCAAAUGUAGCUGAUACUAAGGGAGGAAGUUUUGAUAAUUUUGAAAAGAACAUAUCUUUCCUGCAUGUUACAAAAAAUGUAGAUAGUGAAGUUAGAGAACCUUUAUGUUUGAAAGAUAAAUCAAAUUUUAAAAGGAAUGAUCCCAAAUAUAUGCUCAACAAAUUAGAAUCUGCUUUGCGGAAUAACAAAUUGAAAACUAGGAGAUCUGCGAAAACUGAUGUUUCAACUACAUCUGGGGAAGAUAGUGAUGAUAGUCUAUUGAAAAACAGUUUGAAUACAAGUGCAACCAGCAAAAAAAGAACUCUUCCUUCUGUACCUGAUAAUUUACCCUUGAAUACUUCAUCCCCUACUUCAAACAACUUAUUAGUUCAAGCGUUGAAUUUCAAUUGUUUGAAUGGCAAUAACUGUGUGUCUUCUCCUUACAAUAAAUUGGAAGAGUCUAAAUCUUCCUUUUUUGUAAGUGUUAAUAAUGAAGAACCUGUGUAUGCUGAGCCCUGGCAGUUUGAAGAAAUUUUUAAACAAAAUAAUGGUUCGAGGCAAAGGAGUGUAUCCAGUGACAGAAACAUAAAAAACAACCGGAACAGCUUAUAUUAUUGGAGUAGUCCAGUGUUGUGUAGCACUCCUUGUUCAAGUAGUUCUAGCAGCAUGAAUCUUUCUUCCAAACAGACAGACGUGCCAUCAUCAGAUCUGAAAUGCAGUUCGGAAAAGGGCCCAUCAUCUGAGAUAUCUUCUCUAUCAUCUUUCACUUCUGAAUCUGCCUCAUCUACACCUAUGGACGAUAUAGAAAAAACAUUUGCAGGAACUGUUAACAUCAGGCAACUCAUUGAUACAUUUGAAACGAAGGCGAAUAUAAAACCAGAGGACACUACUUUAACAACAAAUGAUAAAAAUGAUAUUCCAAACGAAAACUCAAAAAACGUUGAUCUCAAUAAAGUCCACAACGAAAAGAUUCAAGUACCUGAGAAAAUAAAUGACGAAAAUGAAAGUAAUAAAGUCAUAAGUAAGGAAAUGGACGAUAGUUUCGAUCCAAAUGAGACAGGUUCAACCAGCAUUUGGGAAAGAAGUUCGUCUGACAGAAAAAUGUCUACGGAUGAUCCUACUGUGGACAAAUUCAGAACUUAUGUCAGAAAUGUUUCAGUGUACGCGAAAAUCAGGCCUCAGUCGAAGAAAAGUACUUUGUUUGAUUGUUGCCUAAUUGUUGAAUGGAAUGCUGAUGUGAGAAGAAUUAAGUUCAAAUAUCCUUAUAAUGUUGAAGUUCCUCAUAAGAUAGAAGACCUUUGCUUUCCAGACGCAGCCUGUGGUCCUCUAGAUAAAACGUUAAAUGCUCAGUGCUAUUCCUUAGUGAUAACGAAUGAUAAAGGAGAAAGAACUUUUGGCUAUUGCCGCAGAGUGGUACCUGAAGGAAGCAAUAAAUGUCUUCCUAUAGCAUAUUGUAUUUUAAGUAGACAUAAGUCCCCAAGAUUCUACAGAAAAAUUUUGAUUGAAUUAGAAUCUCGACAUGGAAUCUCAGAGAAACAUAGAAAUGACCUACUUGAAGCUUUUUAUUUCAAGAAAUUCCCACAGCCAGGUGAGGAAAUUAGGAUAAAGUUAGUUGAUAGUACAUCAAAUACAGGAUGUGGAAGAAAUAAGGAAAAUUAUGCAAACAUAAUAGAGGAAGAUGAAAGUUGUAUCACUGAUAAUGUUGAUAUCAGAGACAACCGAAAGAGUAAAGAAGUAGAAGAUAGUGUAAAUAGAAAUUCUCUAGAAGAUUCAAUUGAAAGCAGUUUUGUGAUAGUUAAUGAUAACGGAGAUUAUGAAUCAUUAACCAAACGUAAGAAAGAAAUGUCAAACAGCAGUAUUGUAAAUGAAUACAUUCAUUACUAUGACGAAUUUGAUGAAAAUGAAAUAGUAUUGAAUGUCCAUGAGGACCCAAUUUAUGAGAACUCAGACCUGAAAGAUUUGCAUGAGCUUCCAAAUGAAAUCUUACAGAAAAUAUUUGCAUCACUCUUACUAGAAAGAAAAGUAAUACUCAUCAGUUGCCUCUUGAGUAAAUUAUCAUCAUGUGUUGAAGCUUUACAAACUAUCAUUUAUCCAUUCACCUGGCCCCAUUCAUUCAUACCAGUGCUGCCACAAUCUUUAUGGGAAUUUGUCGAGGCCCCAACACCAAUCAUUUGUGGUAUACUUUCAGUUGAAGUCCUGAAUAAGCAUGAUAUUGAACAUGGCAUUGUGGUAGAUUUGGACGAAAAAUGUAUAUGGAAAGAAGAGGGCGAUGAAGACAAAGCCCUUAGUACAUCAAUGCUCAAAGCAUGGCGAAAAAGUCUUGCUCUAGCCAAAACAGUGCCAGUCGACGAAGAUAAACAUUCUUUUCGCCUAACAGAUGCUUACAUACAUAUGUUUGCUGUGGUAUUAAAGAAUUACAAAGACUAUAUUGUUAAUGGCAAUUUUCAGAAAGAGGCAUUCAUAAGAUCAUACAAGAGUAAAGGUGUGAGGAGAUUUCUGAAGUGGUUUACGGACACAAGCAUGUUUCUCACAUUUGUGGACAAUGUGAUAACAAAGUCGCAGGAUUUUGAACAGUUUGAUAAAAAAAUCGCCUCUUUUACUUCUGAGACUUCUGGAUUGAAUCUGGAUAAACUAUUAGACUGGAAAUUUUGACUUAUUACUUUUGAUAUUAGCAUUAGUUCAAUGAAUGAAAGAUAUUUUUUUACUUCAAUAGUUUGAUUUUAACAGUACCUUUGAUAAUCAAAGGUUUUCUUUUAAAUAAGCAGCUUUAAAGUGCAGAUAUAUUGUUAUAUUUGUUAUUAAAUGUAUUUUUGAAUGAAA